AUGGUGAAGAAGAAGCUCCCUUCCGAAGAGGACAGGGCAGCUACCAAGCACAUUGGGAACAAGGCAAAAAGACAAGAGGUUUAUGACAGGAUCAAGAAACAAAAGAAAGCGAUCAAGAAAGCCAAGAAGGAGCAGAGGAAGAAAGAUGCCGAGGACCCGGAGAAGAAGGACCUCCCCAAGCAAGUCCCCAGGACCUUGGAGAACAUGCGCGAGGCCGACGAGACCAUCAUGGAGUCCGAAGACGAGGAGAUCCGACGUGAUGAGGAGGAGGAUGAGUUCCGGAAAUAUUUCGACGGCGAACCUCCUAGAACGAUCAUCACGACCAACAACCAUCCUUCGAAGCCUCUGAUCGAACUGGUCAAGUCCCUUCUUGUGCUGAUCCCUGGAUCGUACUACUAUUCCCGACGCAACUACAACAUCAAGGACAUCUGCAAGUGGGCGGGGGAGAGAGGGUUCACCAACUUGAUUAUCCUCGGUCAGGGUUUACAGCUCGGUGGGCACAAGAAGCUCCCAUGCUCAAUGCUGCUCAUCCACCUGCCGGAAGGCCCCACUCUGCAUUUCCGCCUCUCAAGCGUGAAGCUUCCGGAUCAGAUCAAGAACCAUGCCAGGGCAACCAAACACAAGCCUGAGCUCAUUCUGAACAACUUCACAACGAGGCUGGGUCAACGAGUUAGCCGUGCAUUCUCAAGCUUGUUUCCACAGGAUCCUCAGUUCACGGGAAGACGGGUUGUCACAUUUCACUGUCAAAGAGACUACGUCUUCGUGCGACAUCACAGGUACAUCUUCCCCGACGACAAGCAAGGGGAGAAGGCUCGUCUGCAGGAGAUUGGCCCUAAGUUCACUCUGAAGCUGAAGAGCAUGCAGGCGGGGACAUUCGAUAGCAGUCGCGGCGAAUACGAAUGGAUCCACAAGAAAGAAAACUUGGGGAGCAAGAAGAAGUUCGCGUUGUAA